AUGGCGACGCGAGCUCACGGAGAGACGAUUGCAGUCUCACACGAUGAUCCGAUGCACUUGCAGACCUCCGAUCAUCCUGGAUUGCACCUGCUUUCAGUUCAACUCAACGAGAGUAACUUCCUUUCAUGGCGUCGAGUAGUUUUGAUAUCGCUGGGAGCGAAAAACAAGCUGGAGUUCAUCAAUGGCAAACUCGCAGCUCCGUCGGAGACUGAUGAUGAUUAUAUCAGUUGGAAAAAGGUUGAUUACACGGUAAUCUCUUGGCUCUUAAAUUCUAUAUCUCCAGAAAUAGUCGAAGGCUAUGGGAUGAGUGUUCGUCCUUGGCACCAUUACCUCUUUGUGCCUGCCCUAAAUCGAAGGAAUUACUGGAAAUGGAUUCUAGAAACAAGCUGA